AAUAUGAAACACAAAAGUCUUAAAUGAAUUCUGAGCUCACAAAAUCGAAAACUGUUGCGGGGUAAUAAAAAUGAGCCGGCUAUCAGUGAAUACAGUGAAAUCGGUUAAAUCAACUCUUAACAAAUUGGACAGUCAUUCGGCCUACGUACAAAUUGCAGUCGGCGGUGGCACUGGCUUUAUCGUUGGCUAUGUUUUCUUCAAGGUCAGCAAGGUGCUGGCCAUAUGCAUUGGCAGUGCAAUUCUGACCGUCGAGGUGGCCGUCGAGACGGGUCUGAUCAAAAUCGACUGGACCAAGGUGACGGAUCAACAGCAUGAGCCACCGAUUGUGCGGCAAAUGGCCGUCUCGCCCUUCACGCCCAUGGACUAUGCCAUUGAUGUGGACAAGGCCAAGCAGAUUAUCCUGUCGAGUGCACGGCUCUCAAUCGCCAUAUUGGGCGGCUUCCUGCUGGGCUUUGGAUUCUCCUGAAUGGAAUGAAUUGAAUGAAUUAGCUUAUUUAAGCAGGCCAGAGCAUAGCCACGAUAUUUGUAAUACCAAUGCACAUCACAAGUA